GUUCGUAUACAUUCGCAGCUCACGCUCGGACCGCCGCCGCCCGGCUCCCAAGUUUGCGCCGGCACCAGCUCGCGAUCGUGUCACUCCGCAACCGCCGAAAGCCCGCCAACGCCAUCAUCGCAUUCGCACGAGUCGCACGCGUUCUUUCGUUUCCGCGGGUUUUUGGAAAACAUUGAACCGUAAUAAAUUAUUAGUUAUUAAUAAUAUACUGAGCUAUAAUAAUAUCAUCGUCCGCUGUCGAGCCAUCGGGUUUUUGCGUGUUUUUAAGUAGUAUAUGUUAUGUAUAUAAUCAAAAUUUAGUUUUUUUUUCCGUUUGAUGUUGACGUCUCGUUUCGUUUCGUUUUGUUUUUCGGUGCGGUGAUAUUAAUCGGCCGCGGUCUUUCGUUCCCGUCCGAUUAUAAUAUUGUUUUUUGUCAAGCCGUGCAGUGCGUCGGUAUAUACUAUCGUUUAAUAUCCGGGAACUGAUAUAAAAUCGAGUACAGUUUUGUCACUUUUAAAUACGCACACAUUUAUAUAUCCGCAUACAAUUUAUAUAUUUAUCUGCUAUUACGUGUUUUUUUUUAGUGCGUCACGUGCCUUGUGCGGUGGACUAUAUGCCUAUAUUGUCAGUUAUAGCUACGCGCUGACCGUAUACGCGGGUGCGCCAUUUCCUUGUCUACGACAGGAUUGACGAAGGUGAAAUAUUAAAAUAUAAAUUGUCACACGUACAUACUAAUAUAUAUAUGUUGGUCGUGCGCGACGUCGUUUCGUGUGCGGACGAAUCGUUCGAUGUGUAUGCGUUUCGCGAGGUGUCGUCGCCGCCGGCCGCGCAUUUUCGCCUGCGAUAAACACGAUGAUCGGGCGUGACGGCGCUCGUGAGUGCUGUGGGCGACAUUAUUUCGGGCAAACAGCUAGUGGCCGCCAGACGUUUAGCGGCACUUAAACUUUGCUGAUACGUCAAUAAUAAUAAUAUUAAUUAUCCGUCCACUCGCGCCUCAUCACAGCUGCAACAUGCCGGCGUAUGUCGUUAAAAUAAUUUGGACGGAAAAAAAGAUUUUGAAAAAGCUGUGUUAAAUGUAAUACGAAGACCCGAGAAGAUUAAGAUAAAAUGACACAGACGUUGGACAAAACAAGAAUUAUGACCCUAACAAGUACCCCGUGUGACCUGAGUACCAUGAGUCUGUUUCAAGACCUGAAACUGAAGAGGCGCAAAAUAGAUUCAAGGUGCAGCAGUGACGGUGAGAGCAUAGCGGACACUAGUACUUCAUCACCAGACGUCGCUGGCCCGGCGUCCCCAUCUAACCGAAUGGACAGAUCAGUACCGUCGCCUGGACUUAUCAUAUCGAUGGAUAGAAUGGUGUCGUCUCCAGAAUGCGGCAGCAUGACCACGGACAGCGGGCAAGACCCGAAUGACGUGGGAGAAGGCGUCAAGGUCAAAGAGGAGAUGUUGGACGAACUGCAACCGAAAGAUGCAAUCGGGACGGGAUACGAAAACGGGACGGUGGCCGAUAACAAGGCGGAACCACCGUCGCCGUCGCCAUCACCUUCGGCGGUGGUUACAGCAGCGUUGGCGGCGGCGGCGACGGCAGCAGCGCAACAGGAGCAGCAGCAGCAGAGACGCGAGUCGGUGGUGAUGACAAGCCCGUUGAGUUGCGUUGUCAAGUCACCAACAACACCGCCACCAUCGUCGUCGUCGUUGUCGCCACCCUUGACUUGGACGACGGUGACUGCUCAAACGAAUCCACCACCGCUGCGGUGUUACACGCCCUCCUCCGUUGCCAAUUCCAUGUCGGUGACGCAGCAGUACCAGCAGCGCCGGCAAUCUGUCGUCACUUCCGUGUCAUCGGCGUUUUGGAACGCGGGCACGCAGACGUCGCCCGCGUCUACUGCGCCCGGUAACGCAUCCGUGGCCACCGCCGCCGCAGCGUCCGUGUUGUCCGUGUGUCGCAUCAAUGGUGUCCGGCCUGAGCUCAUUGGCGGUGCGGGAUUCGCGACCACGGCUGCGGUCGCCACCAGCAACACUGACAUGAAACCACCCGCUGCCAUACCCCCACGGACCACCCGGUCUGCACCCACCGUCAUAAUGGGCGAAGCGGGUGGAGUGCGGACUAUGAUCUGGUCCAGUCCACCCUGCACCGUGGAACAGUCUACGUCACCCGCCAGCACUGGCUGCGGUUCCGUACCAUCAACGGUCAGCACGCCGUACUGGUCGUCCGCGGCCACAUGGUCGUCCAACACGUCGUCCACAUCGUCCCCAUCCCCGUCACCCGCAGCGGUCAGUGAAGAGUCAGCCGCUCAUCUACUGUUGAACCUUGGCGUGGCCGCUGGCCAUGAUGUGGCGUCUGUCAUCAGCCACAUGCCCGGUCUCAGGCCCAUUGGUGGCCAGAUGCAGCAGACGUCAGUGGCCAGUGGUGGAAGUGGUGGUGGUGGUGGUGGUGGCAGCAACGUCACCAGUGGUGGGCAGCAGAGCUUUCACGUGCCGCUCAAUAUGGAACGGCUGUGGGCCGGUGACCUGUCCCAACUCCCGGUGGCCGCCACGCAUCAGAUGCACGCGCUCAACCUAACGGCCAACACGGGACCCGGAUGGCCGAUGGCUGGUUCCAAUGGCGACAACAAGUCUGCGCCUGUCAACGCAUACCACCAGAUGGAGGAGGCCGAAGAACAGGAACAACCCAUGGUGUGUAUGAUCUGUGACGACCGAGCCACGGGUCUCCAUUACGGCAUUAUCACUUGCGAAGGAUGCAAGGGGUUCUUCAAACGUACCGUCCAAAACCGGAGGAUAUACACGUGUAUAGCUGAAGGCACUUGUGAAAUAACAAAAGCUCAAAGAAACAGGUGUCAAUACUGCCGGUUUAAGAAAUGCAUCGGUCAAGGAAUGGUGUUGCAGGCCGUCCGAGAAGAUAGAAUGCCAGGUGGACGAAAUUCUGGCGCUGUAUACAACUUGUACAAGGUAAAGUAUAAGAAGAAGAGGCCCCCGAAGAACGGACAAGUAAAAAUGGAGAAGUCCGUCACAUGCACCACGGCCAGUACCAUGACCACGAUUAAAACAGAAAACCAGGAUAACAAUUCCUCGUCUAUGUCGACUCUGGUCAACGGUACCAUAUUAAAGACUGCACUAACGAACCCCAGCGAGGUCGUUUAUCUCAGACAACGACUAGACAACGCUGUCAGUUCGUCGAGGGACCGUACGUUUUCGAUUGAAGCUACGGUGAAUAUGAUCAAGAACCUCAUGGACUGCGACGAGUUUCAAGAUAUUGCCACUCUGCGGAACAUGGAGGACUUACUCGAACACAAUUCUGAUCUGUCAGCCAAACUGAUGCAGAUCGGCGACUCGAUCGUGUACAAACUGGUGCAAUGGACCAAACGUCUUCCGUUUUACCUCGAAUUGCCAGUCGAAGUGCAUACGAGACUUUUAACACACAAGUGGCAUGAACUGCUGGUAUUGACCACCUCGGCAUAUCAAGCGAUACACGGCCCCCAGAAGAUAUGGAACUCCACCAACAUGAACGGUGACCGGAACGAGGAUUCCGAAUUCCACCAAGAGGUGUUUCAAAAUCUGUGUAUAUUGCAAAACUGUCUGUCAUCGAUGAUGGGCAAACCCAUAACUAUGGACCAGCUCCGGCAAGAUGUUGGGGUAAUGGUGGAGAAGAUCACACACGUCACCCUCAUGUUUAGGAGGUUAAAGCUACGAAUGGAAGAAUACGUGUGCCUGAAAGUCAUAAUUAUGUUGACACAGAAUAAUGGUAAUACCACUAGUGAGCUGGAAACCAUCCAAGAGAGAUAUACGUCUUGCCUGAAGACUUAUGUCGAACACACUUUUCCCAUGCAACCCAACAGGUUGCAAGAUCUCCUUCAACGACUGCCAGAGAUUCAGUCAGCUGCUUCGCUCUUGUUAGAGUCAAAAAUGUUUUAUGUGCCUUUCCUCUUGAACUCCACGAUCAGAAGUUAGUGCGUACAUUAUGCACGGAGGAUAGCUACUGAUCAUCAUUAUUAUAAUAGAAUAGAACCAGUUACCAAAAUAAUAACUAUAUAUGUACCUAAUAUAUGAAAGUGAAAACGAAGAAGAAAUGGAAACGACUAGAUUUUGUCACCCUCGCGCGCAUGCGUGUGUGAAUGCUACCGUAACUAUAUAUAGUUAGUACGUAUUCAUUUUGUAGGUAAAUUGUGCAUUGUUAAUUGUUAUAUUAUUAUGUGAACCAGAGGAGAUUCUUAUAUUAGGAAUAUUUUUUUAAAGUUUUUCUUGUUUUUUUUUUAUGUAUUACUAAUACGUUUCAUUUUGUAACACUUGAGUUUUUCCUUUACGAUUCGGGAGUUAUUAAUCGUUGAAUCCAGCUAUGUAAAAGUAUCUAUAAUGUUAACAUAAUGUUAGGAUAAUAAUAUAAUGUCCGUGAAAAUUUGCCCCACGUCUGUAUAAACUUCGUAUAUAUAAAUAUAUAUAUAUAUAUAUAUAUUAUAUGUUAUUUUAAGAUAGUAUAAUUAUUACGAUACGAGAAAAGUUUUUGAAAGAGAUUAUAAUAAUAAUAAUAUAUGAUGAUGAUGAUGACGAUAUAGGUAUACGCGUGUGGGUUACCUUUGUAUUAUUAUUUAUUAUUAAUUAUACUUAAUUGUAGUAGUAAUGUUA